GAGCCAACGGCAAGCUCCUCUCUCACCCAUCCCUCGGUCGAUGCCCCAAGCAACGAAAUCAACAACAGCUUGGUGGCUGUGGUCCAGCGCAGCGAAUUCGCUAAGCUCUUGAUGCGCCUGGGCGAAGAAGGUGACGGCGAUGCAAACCAGAUUGUAAUAGAGCUCCUCAACUCUAAGAAGCAAGCAGAGAAGGCCACAUCUGUUAUCGAGCGCGUAUCCGAGAACCUAAUGCUCUUGCUACGCACCCAGACUCUAGCUGAAGCGGGCAUCAUCACAGGCAACGAGCGCUAUCGCUCCUUCAAGUCGGUUCUGCAGAAUUACGCAAAGCUCUAUGCGGCCAAGCGAUUUAUCGAGAAACUCCCUAUGCUGGGACUCUCGUCACAUUCGACCCAGGGCCACGAUCAGGACCAGAACGAGAACGAACAGGCUCUGGCUCGCAUGGUGGCCGACGAGGUACUGCAGAUUCCCGAACUACUGCGCCAGCUCUGGGCCUCCCUGGAGAAAAUGGAGUUCUUCAACGAGGACACUGCUUACAAAGUUUACUUGGAAGCUCGCCGCCAUCCCCAGGCAAAAAUUCUCCGUGAACUGAUGUUAACUCGCAUCUCGCGUGUCUACCUUUGCAUUGUCAGCUCUGCAUCCUUUCUCGACUUUAGCGAGCACGAGCUAAUCCACGUGCUCAACAACUGCUACCUGAGUGUCAACUCCGAGAUUGAGAUAUUCCUCUCGGUCAUCCUCUGGUUGGAGCACAACUGGUAUGAGCGUAAGAACUGCGCUGAGCGGGUCUUGAGUGGGGUUCGAUUCGGCCUGAUGCCCACCUGGUACCUCUAUACUCUGGAUAGAACCAAUCGCUGCAAUCACUUUGCCAAGGUCAUCUAUAGCCAGGGAGUGCAAGAUCUUUUGGAAAAGGGUCUAGAGGAAGCCUUGGCUUUGCGUUACAAAAGUGCUCGAGCUGCCAGCUCCAGGAAUGUGGAGGCUCCUUUGCCGCGUGACUGGGUUGCUGACCCCGAGUGUCGCCAUCACCACAAGUGCCAUUGCGAGCGAUUUGUGUAUCCGACAUAUGAUGUAUUUAAGGACUACCUAGCCAGGAUCAUACGGUCUGCACCAAAUUACUGGCGCACUCUUCGGCCUGCCCAGGAGGUCUACCGGAAGGUCCUCAAGUGCUGCGCACCCCCCUACCAGACACAGCGGCGAUCCUAAGCAAAUCGUUGACAUCAGUUGUCUAUUUCUCUACAUCGAACAAAAAAGCUCCCAAAUUUAUUGUUUUACCUAUUCCGGCGUGCUUAACUGCAAAUCAUUUUAAAGUGUCUAAUAAAUGUUGGAUUAAGUUGG